AUGACUGCGCUGGCGAUGAAGGUGGAGUCUGCUCCCGGUCAGCUGACCCUGAGCGACCCCGCCCGUGGUCCCACCUACAGUGAUGAUCGCUUCGCCUGCUUCCACUUCACUUUGCAUACUCUUUUUAGGUUAAAGGUUUCCUGCUACUAUGUGGUCAACAUCACUCGCACAUUGGCCUUCCUGACCAGGCCGCUUGACAACGAGCCUUUUGCAGAGACUGGGACGGGUCAACUAAUGUUCAGAAUGAGACUCGUUCAGGACGCCUCGUAUAACACGUUCCACCAGGAGGAGGACUAUCCAGUGGUGAGGUACCUGAGACAGCCUCUGCACUUUGAGGUGGAGCUGACCAGGUCCUCUGACCCCAAGGUAGCGCUGGUGCUUGACCACUGCUGGGCCACCCUCAACGAGGACCGUGACUCCCGACCCCGGUGGAAUCUCAUCAUUAAUGGGUAACAUGUUGUUUUUGGGCCUAAACAAGUGUUAUUCCACAGGUGUGGUUCUGAGUAAUUAGCAACCUAUCAUGCUUGGCAGGCCAUUUACUUUGGCUACCUUGGCUAUGCCCCCAUCCAUAUGUC